ACAGUUAAAGAGAUCCUCUUGGACAGUGAUGGAAGAGUGACAGGUGUGCUGAAUGCAGAUGGAGAAGAGAUAAAGGCCAGCCUGGUCUUAUCCAAUGCAACACCAAAGGUGACUUUUCUAAACCUGUUACCAAAUGGGACUCUACCAGAGGCAUUUGAGAAUGCUGUUAAAAAAAUUGACUACACCUCGCCGGUCACUAAAAUAAAUGUUGCCAUCAGCCGCCUACCCGAGUUUCGCUCCGACCCUUGCAAAAUCCCGGGCCAAGCAAUGCCGCAUCACCAGGCGACCAUCCACCUGAACUGCGAGGACAUGAGCCUCCUGGAUGAGGCUUACGACUGUGCUAAGAGAGGCGUCAUAUCUGAGAGGCCGAUGAUCGAGAUGGUCCUUCCCUCCGUGCUGGACCGCACCCUGGCGCCGGAGGGGGCCCACGUCUGCUUGCUGUUCACGCAGUUCACGCCCUACAACCUACCGGGCGGCUGGAGCGAGCACGCCAAGGAGGCCUACGCCUCGAAAGUACGUGUCAGGCCAGGCAUAGUGGUAGUGGCCCCCUUUCGGUACACUGAGCAUCAUCACUCGCAGGGUUGCCAGAAAAGUAGGCAAUAAGUUAGCCCAAACAGAGGUGUGGAGCGGGAUGCGUUUACUCAGGCCUUCACGCGGCCACCUCCACGCUUUAUGUGUUUGGGCUACUUAUUGACUACUUUUCUGGAAAUAAUUGUCACGUCACUCACACUGUUAAAUUCCUACAAAGCAUUUGCUUUGCAGAGC